UCUUAUAUAAUUCCACGAGAGACACCUGUUAUUGAUGGAUGCGCAAGGAUUCAUAAUGAAUUUAUUACAAAACAAAAAACUAAUUUUAGUUAUACUGAUGUCAAAGAUUGUUACGAAAGCUUUCUGUUUGAUAAAGACACGAUCGAUACUUUGACUGGUCUUAUCAAUGGGUUCUAUUCAUUUUUGGAUAAAGCAAAAGAGCCUCCACAACCUGGGUUCGAUUUUAGGCCUAUGGAUUUAAUAGCCGAAUUAGAACUUCUUCAGAAUAAAUAUUAUGCAAGUUUAUAUGAUUUUAUAGUAACUAUAGAUGUUAAACAUCUCUUUAAUGAUUUAAAAGAUGCGCACACAAAAUUUAGUUCAGAUUGCUUCGCAGCAUUUGCUUUUUAUACGAAUAUGACAUUUUAUUCCGUUGUUGAUAAUGGGGAGCAGAAAAUUAAAGUUUUUAAUGACACUAUUGACCCAUCGAAUAUUGAUUGCGAAGUAACUCAUAUUGAUGGUCAACAAGCAUUCAAAGUAAUUUCUGAAUUUGCCAAAGAUUCAAUUUAUGGAUCAAGAGAUCUUGGUGUACGAUUUAAUAUAGCACUUGAUCAUCCCUAUGUGGAAACAUCUUUUGCCAUACGACAUGAAAUACCAGAGAAGCCAGAUAUCAUUUACACACUUAAAUGCGAUAAUACUAAUUUAUUUGAUGUUAAAAGGAAUUGGAAUGCUUUUACUGGUCGUACAUAUUUAAAUAAAUUUAAUGAUUCAAAAUCCUAUUUUGAUAGUAUUUGCAAUCCUAUCAAAGAAAGUAAACAAUCAGUUCCUUCUAACGUCGUACAACGAGAAAUUACAAAAAUGCUCGGUAGUGAUAAUGGAAUAUUAGUAAAACAAGACCAAAGUGUAACCACAAUAAGAAUUAUUGAUGAAUUUGUUGAAUUUUAUAGAGUUAAAGAUUUUGGUGUUGUCAAAAUAAUUUCUGAACAACCCAAUUCACUAAAUCUAGACGAGACCAUAGCAAUGUUUCCAAAUAUAAUUCAAGGAUUUAAAGAGCUAGCAAUACAGGUGUCAAAAAG